GUUGAAAAAGAGGCGUCGAACCGAGCGGUUUGAGAUCCGAAAGUUGCUUGAAGAGCGGAAACAUAUAAUCGCGUGUGCUCUACUCUCUUGGUCGCCAAGCGAGCUCAACACGUGGGCGAGAAUUAAUAAAGUGAUAUUAUUUCUUUGAAAACGUGAUUGGUUUAGUUCUUGUUGAUCUAGAGUCUCAAAAAUAUGUCGCAGCGCGUUCUGAUUAUCGGUAGUGGCGGUCGGGAGCACGCGAUUUGCUGGAAAUUGUCGCAAUCCCCGAAAGUGUCUAAAAUUUACGCGUUGCCAGGCAGCCAUGGCAUUCAACAGGUGGAAAAGUGCCAGAAUCUGGAGGCCCAGACCUUGGAUCCUAUGGAUUUCGAGGCCAUUGCCAAAUGGAGCAAAGCAAACCAGAUAGACCUAGUGGUUGUGGGACCCGAAGAUCCCCUGGCCUUGGGAUUGGGGGAUGCGCUGCAGAAGGCGGGAAUCCCGUGCUUUGGACCCGGCAAGCAAGGUGCCCAAAUCGAGGCGGACAAAAAGUGGGCCAAGGACUUUAUGCUGCGCCAUGGCAUUCCAACGGCUCGUUACGAGAGCUUUACGGAUACGGAAAAGGCCAAAACCUUUAUCAGAAGCGCUCCAUAUCCAGCUCUCGUGGUGAAGGCUGCUGGACUGGCGGCUGGAAAAGGCGUGGUGGUGGCCGCCAAUGCGGAGGAGGCCUGCCAGGCGGUGGACGAGAUCCUGGGGCAGCUGAAGUAUGGUCAGGCGGGAGCCACUCUGGUGGUGGAGGAGCUGCUGGAGGGCGAAGAGGUCUCCGUGUUGGCCUUCACCGAUGGCAAGAGUGUGCGCGCCAUGCUUCCCGCCCAGGAUCACAAGCGUUUGGGCAACGGCGACACUGGUCCAAAUACUGGGGGCAUGGGCGCCUACUGCCCGUGUCCGUUGAUCAGCCAGCCAGCCCUGGAACUAGUCCAAAAAGCCGUGCUGGAGCGGGCCGUGCAGGGUCUGAUCAAGGAGCAUAUCAUCUAUCAGGGUGUGCUCUACGCGGGACUCAUGCUGACACGCGAUGGUCCUCGUGUUCUGGAGUUCAACUGCCGGUUCGGAGAUCCCGAGACCCAGGUGAUACUGCCGCUGCUCGAAACCGAUCUCUUCGAGGUUAUGCAGGCCUGUUGCAGUGGACAGCUGGACAAGAUUCCCCUGCAGUGGCGCAAUGGAGUUAGCGCCGUGGGUGUGAUCCUGGCCAGUGCUGGUUAUCCAGAGACCUCCACCAAGGGAUGCCUUAUAACGGGACUUCCUGCUACCAAUUCUCCCACCCAGUUGGUUUUCCACAGCGGUCUUGCCGUGAAUCCUCAAAAGGAGGCCUUGACCAACGGCGGUCGCGUCCUUAUCGCCAUUGCUCUGGACGGAAGCUUGAAGGAGGCAGCCGCCAAGGCCACCAAAUUGGCUGGAAGUAUCACUUUUUCGGGCUCGGGAGCUCAGUACAGAACGGACAUUGCCCAGAAGGCAUUCAAAAUAGCUACUGCCAGCUCCCCGGGGCUGAGUUACAAGGACAGCGGAGUGGAUAUCGAUGCUGGAGAUGCACUGGUGCAGCGCAUCAAGCCCUUGUCCCGUGGCACCCAGCGACCUGGCGUCCUUGGUGGCUUGGGCGGUUUUGGAGGACUGUUCCGCCUGAAGGAACUCAGCUACAAGGAGCCAGUCAUUGCGGAGGCCACCCAGGGAGUGGGGGCCAAGAUCCAUCUCGCCCUGGAGCACGAGCUGUACGAGAACGUAGGCUACGAUCUUUUCGCCCUGGCCGCCAACGAUCUUUUGGAACUGGGCGCCGAACCAGUGGCCUUUCUGGACUACAUUGCCUGUGGCAAGUUGCACGUUCCGUUGGCCGCCCAGUUGGUCAAGGGUAUGGCCGAUGGUUGCCGGGAUGCCCGGUGCGCCUUAGUGGGCGGAGAAACUGCCGAGAUGCCCUCUCUUUAUGAACCCGGCCAACAUGACAUGGCUGGUUAUUGCGUUGGAGUCGUGGAGCAGUCUCGAGUCCUUCCCCGCUUCGAUCUUUACCAGCCUGGGGACCUGCUCGUUGGCCUUCCAUCCUCUGGACUCCAUUGCGCCGGCUUCAAUGAGAUACUCACCCAGUUGGCGGCAGCCAAAGUGAAUCUCAGGGAGUGUUCUCCCGUUGAUGGUAGCGAGGAUGGCCUGACCUUGGCCAAUGUCCUGGCCACGCCCACCCAACUGUAUGUCCAGCAGUUGCUGCCCCAUCUUCAGAAGGGCGAUGAAAUCAAGUCGGUGGCCCAUGUGACCCAUGGGCUGCUAAACGAUGUCCUUCGCCUUUUGCCCGAAGGAUUCGAGACAACGCUGGAUUUCGGCGCCGUACCAGUGCCCAAAAUCUUUGGCUGGCUGGCAGGAAAGCUAAAGCUGAGUGCACAGACUCUUCUGGAGCGGCACAACUGCGGCAUUGGCAUGGUUCUGAUCCUGCCCCAGUCGAGUCAGCUGUGGCGCAAAUCUCUGCCAGGAGCCAAAGUCCUGGGAGUCCUGCAGCGGCGGUCGAAGACCAGUGGUUCGCCUGUCCUGGUGCGCAACUUUGUGGAGCAACUGCAGAAGAUUGCCUCCCCGUACGGUGGACUUGGUGAACGGGAGUUGCCCGAAGAGCUCAAGGAACUGCCUGCCAAUAACAAUCUAACAGCUCCUCGCGAAGAUUGCUUUGAAAACGCAGCUGGACGUCGACUCACACGCAUCCCCAGCCACUACAAGGACCCCAUUCUUAUCCUGGGUACCGAUGGCGUGGGCACCAAGCUGAAAAUAGCCCAGCAGACGAAGAGAAACGCGAGCGUGGGUAUCGAUCUGGUGGCCAUGUGCGUCAAUGACAUCCUAUGCAAUGGUGCCGAGCCGCUUAGCUUCUCCAGCUACUAUGCCUGCGGCCAAUGGCAGGAGAAAUUGGCUAAGGAGGUCCAUUCCGGGGUGCAGGAGGGUGCCUGGCAGGCCAACAGCAGUUUCAUUGCUUCCCACAGUGCUGCUCUGCCGCUGCUGUACGGUCCACAGGUCUACGACCUGGCUGGUUUCGCCUUGGGCAUAGCUGAACGCUCCGGAAUUCUGCCCCUUUUGGAGGAAAUUCAGCCAGGAGAUGUGCUCAUUGGAUUACCCUCGUCCGGUGUUCACAGCAAUGGAUUCAGCUUGGUUCACGCCGUUCUCAAGCGAGUGGGUUUGGGUCUGCAGGACAAGGCACCCUUCAGCGAGAAGACGCUGGGCGAGGAGCUGCUGGUGCCGACCAAGAUCUAUGUGCAGGCAUUGUCCAACCUGCUGACCCGAGGAAAUCACGGCAUCAAGGCACUGGCCCACAUCACCGGAGGAGGUCUCAGCGAAAAUAUACCGCGGGUGUUGCGAAAGGACUUGGCCGUGCGACUGGACGCCAACAAAUUCCAGCUCCCGCCCGUUUUCGCCUGGUUGGCGUCAGCCGGAAACAUCAGUUCCACUGAGCUGCAGCGCACCUACAACUGUGGAUUAGGAAUGGUGCUGGUGGUGGCCCCCACCGAAGUCGAGGCGGUCCUCAAGGAGUUGCGUUAUCCACAAAGAGCUGCUGUUGUCGGCGAGGUGAUUGCCCGCAAGGACCCGAAGAAACCGCAGGUGGUGGUCCAGAACUUUGAGGCAUCAUUGGCCAGAACCCAGAAGAUUCUAUCCCUGCCUCGGAAGCGAGUUGCUGUCCUCAUCUCGGGAACCGGCAGCAACCUGCAGGCUUUAAUAGAUGCCACGCGGGACUCGGCACAGGGUAUUCAUGCCGACAUAGUGCUGGUCAUUAGCAACAAGCCGGGUGUCCUGGGUCUGGAACGUGCCAGCCGAGCUGGCAUACCUUCGUUAGUCAUCUCCCACGCGGAUUUCGCCAGCCGGGAGGUCUACGAUGCGGAACUGACGCGAAAUCUGAAGGCGGCUCGCGUGGAUUUGAUUUGCCUGGCCGGCUUCAUGCGAAUCCUGAGUGCUCCGUUCGUUAAGGAGUGGCGUGGACGUCUCAUCAACAUCCAUCCCUCACUGCUGCCCAAGUAUCCGGGUCUGCAUGUUCAGCGGAAGGCCUUAGAGGCGGGCGAAAAGGAGUCCGGCUGCACGGUUCACUUCGUGGACGAGGGCGUGGAUACGGGUGCGCUCAUAGUUCAGGCCGCCGUUCCCAUUUUGCCCGACGACGAUGAGGAUUCCCUGACGCAACGCAUCCACAAGGCAGAGCAUUGGGCUUUCCCGCGGGCAUUGGCUCUUUUGGCCAGCGGAGCAGUUCGACUUGGCCCCGAGAAAAGCCAGUAAAUGAAAGGUUAAAAAUGCCUGCUAAUCGAGACCAACAACUUUAAUGGAAAUCACACGGAUGAAUUCAAUUCUCCUACUUUUACUUUUCAAGCCGAAUUAGUUUUAACAACCUCGAACUUUUAUAGAAAUUCGACUGUAAUAAGAUUAACAAUAGUUUUUUUUAGGUUAAGACUGCAUUUGUUUUAUAAAAAUAAUCACUAUUAUUUACACAAAUA